CAGCGUGUCGCUAGCGGUGUUAUUCCCCGCCUGAUCCCCGCAGCCCGAGUGAACAGGGCCGUGCGCUUCGCAUACGCACUCCGCACGCAGCGCGCGCCACAGCUCUCGUAGCUGACACUCGCACUCGCCAUGGACCCCAGGAUAGCGCUAUGUUUCCUGAUUUGCACAAUCUACGUGAACUGUAGUGAAGUGGACAUUAUUACAGAACCACGUCCGGGUGAAGAAUACGUUUUAGUAAGUUCCGGCCAGCAAACUCCUAUAAGAAACUUCGAAACAGCACACAAAAUACCUGAAAAACAUCCUAAUUAUCGUUUAACAAAGCCUGAUGAUGGCGAUAAGGUAUUUAAAAAGAUACAUAGUGGUAAGGCUAAACAUCCCGCGGAAGGAAUUAUUUCUAUUGAAGAAGAUAAAAAAACCUUAUUAAAAAAGGGACAAAAGGUUAAAACUUCGGAAUCGAUAGAAGUUGAUAUACCUAUAUCAAAAAUUGAAGAUAUCAAAAUAAAAGAAAACGUAAAAGACGUUGAUAUCAACCCUAAAAUGGCGGUUGCUUUAGAAACACUUUCAGAAUCGGGAAAAUUGAGUAACAACGAUGGGACAACUACUCAAAAACCCGUACUUACCACAGCAUCAUCAGCGUCUUCAAAGGCUUAUGACUAUAUCCCUAUAAACUUUGACACUAUUGAUGAUAUUAAUAGUGGUCUACUCUCAUCCAAUGUUAAGUUAGAAACUGCAGGGUCUGAGCAAAAACAACAUUCUAGAAUUCAAGUGAAGAAAGGACCGAACGGUCAAGAUUAUGAAUACGAGUACAUAUACUAUUAUUACGACGAAGAUGAGGAUAGUAAAAAAGAUACUAAAGGUAAAUUUGCUUCUUCCACUGGUGUACCUGCGCUCAAUUCCCAUGACGGGCCCCAGAAAGUUGAAAAUGAAAAUCAAAUUGCUAAGGAAACCAGGCCUAAGAGCAAAUACAGUACUAUUGACAGAUCGACUGUAACUACAACUGCAAUUCCUGAAGUCCAUAAUGAAGUCAACCCAACCCCUGCAAGAGGGCGUUCUCGGGGCCGCAAUGUUACACCUGCACCUGUUGAAGAAGAAUCGCGAGAAGAAAGGCUACCAUCGAGCACUCGGUUUCCUCCACGUGGUCGCAAUUUCGCAGCUACUAGUACUACUACUACCACUACUAGCGUUCCUGAGGUAUCUUCCGAAACAAUUAGACACCGUGGUCGGUCACAGGUUGACAAUGUUGCAGAUGAGUCAAUAGGUCAAACAAGAAGUAGAACUCGAGCUCAUAUAAGACGGCCAAGCUCCGAACUAGUAGAUCUUGACAGUUUCAAGACACAUUCGGGCGGCAUUCCUGCACAAUAUAAAGAACCUCCAACGAGGUAUUCGUCUGAAAGUCAAACUACGACUGUAGCUGCGGAAACAGUGCCUUCUGUAAAUGAACCGUCUCACACGAAAGAAUCACAAAGAGAGGGCCAUAGUCUUUCUAAUGGAAUAAGAUUCCAAGAAAUUAUUGAUGAUUCGAAAUUGCCACCUGACUACAAGCAAACGACGACAUACGAUCAAGAAACAACUGAAUACACGACAAUGACAGCUAUGGAGAAGGUUGCACUUGAUUUAUAUGCCUAUUUGGCUGGGGAAAAUCUAAAUAACGAAAUAAGUCCAUCAAGUGAUUUAAGCAUUGAUGUUUCGACCGCAGUAGAUGAUGAUGCUUGGACAACUGAAGUUGUUAGCACAACCGAGGAAGAGACAACGCCCACUACGACCACCACUACAACGACGACGACGACGACUACAACAACAACGCCGGCCCCCACUACGACCACAACAACAAACGCACCCACUCGCCCUUCAAGGUUCAAGGGUCGCCCCGGUGCCCGAUCACGCGCCCCUGCUUCCACAAGUGCAGCCACUGAACCACCGCAAGAGACGACUACGAGAGUGCGAGGUCGAUUUGGUAAGCCAAACGGGGCCCGGAAAACAACCGCUGCAGCCGCUGCCGCCGCCGCGGUCGAAACUUCAACAUCAGCCGCACCUGUUGAAAAACCAGCACAGGCUAAGCAGGCAUUCGGCCGUCGCGGUCUAUUUGCUGGCCGAGCUCGCCCCAGCACCAGUGCUCCAGUUCAAGACGCAUUAAAUUCGAGCGCGUCCAGUGAUGGAACUACACUAAGGCCGCGACUGCGUCCAGGCCAACGAAGAAUUUCCACAACUACCGCAGCCACUUCUUCUGCAGAAGUAGGAGAAACCGCUUCACCUGUUACGGGAGCAAACCCAUCGUCUGGUGAAGUGGUUGAAACUACGCCUAAUCCUUCAAGGACAAUUGGUCGUAAACCUGGUGCCAGGCCAGUAGCGUUAAGACCAGGGCCGAGGUUGAACAUCAGGCCCAGUGCUCGUUUAAGACCUGGACUGACCAGCGCAGCGCCAACGGAAUCCUCAUCUGAUGCACCUGUUGCCGAGACCCCGGCAUCCGAGGCACCAGCAACUGAAUCUGAUGCUGAGGGAUCAGUGCCAACUCCAGCACCUGAACAACCCCGCGGAGUGCUGAAACUUCGCAACCGGCUGCAGGUGUCACCUUCUCCAAAACCACGUGUCGCCGUCACACCACCUGCGCGUCGACCCAACCCACUUCUGAAGAAACGACUUCCUUCUACUGAGGCUACGACAGAAGCGCCUAAGAAGUCAACAGAGUCUUCAGAAGAGAGCACUAGUGCAGAGAAGAGCGAGGUUGAGGCUGAAACAGAGGCUGUUCCAGCGGAGACGACACCUGCUCCUCCAUUACGAGGCCUUGAUGCCCUCAUCGCAAGAAGACGCGCUGCUGGGAUAGGUGGCCGGCCAGCUCGCCCCGUCCGAGGCGCGAGAACACCUUAAUAACAUCACAAUCAAACCCCUCCGUAUACUAGAGUUAAAUUACGACACAACUGUACCCGUUUAUUGUAAUUUUUACACCUUCAAAGUUGUAACUCGUUAAACUCGUGUAGUUAUUUUUGAGCUCAUACUCCUAUUUUUGUUAUGUAGCACAUACGAUUCAAAUUAGCCCUAUUAUUCAGGUGUCGUAAUGUAACUUUAGCAUUAUUCUAUGGCGUCGCUCACCGAGAAAAAUAUUAAUACUAUCUAUUCAUCAUUCAAAAUAAGUAGUAGUUAUAAUUACAUCAAUACUUAUGUCACAGAGUUGCUUUUAAGUUGCUUUAAAUUUUAGAAAUUGUAAAGGAUUUCUUCAAAAUGCUUCCCUGUACGUUUUUAUUUCUCGGUGCAACAAUUAGCGCUCGUCAUAUUAGUCAAAUUAUUCCCCAAACUGCUUAGAGAUUAUUCUAAUUCUCACUUUUUUAUA